ACAAAUCAAUGGAAGUCAGUGGCGGUGGUUGGUGGUGGCUCAGCCUCAUCAUUAUCCCUCUCUUCCUUCUCAAAUUCAUUUCCAGAAGAAGCCCAACCCUCCCUCCGGGACCCUUCAUCCUUCCCAUAAUCGGCACCAUCUUAUCCCUCCGCACAUCCAUCUCCGACCUCGAGAUCAUCCUCCGCAACCUUCACGCCAAGUACGGCCCCAUUGUCUCUCUCCGCAUCGGCUCCCGCCCCGCCGUCUUCAUCGCCGACCAUCACCUUGCUCACCAAGCCCUCAUCCACAACGGCGCCAUAUUCGCUGACCGCCCUUCCGCUCUCCCCACCACUAAAAUCUUCAACAGCAACCAGCUUAACAUCAGCUCCGCCAGGUACGGCCCAACCUGGCGCCUCUUCCGCCGCAACAUCACUUCCGAGAUCCUCCACCCUUCGCGGGUCAAGUCCUAUUCCCGCGCUCGCAAAUGGGUUCUCGAUAUUCUCCUCAAACGCCUGGAAUCCGAUGCUCAAAGCGCCGCCGAUGGUGUCCGCGUAAUGGAUCACUUCCAGUACGCCGUGUUUUGCCUCUUGGUCUUGAUGUGCUUCGGCGACAAGCUUGAGGAGUCGAAGAUCAAAGAAAUCGAGACCGUCCAACGUCGAAUGCUGCUGUCCUUCUCACGCUUCAACAUAUUCAAUUUCUGGCCCUGUCUGACCAAAAUUGUUUUCAGAAAGCGGUGGCGGGAGUUCUUGCAACUCCGCCAUGACCAACGCGAGGUUAUGGUGCCCCUCAUCAAUUCCCGGAAGAAGGUUGAGGAAGCCAAGGUUGCUAUCAAUGAUGACGACGAUUUCGUGCUUUGCUAUGUGGAUACUUUACUGGGUCUGGAGCUACCAGAGGAGAAGAGGAAGCUUGAAAUCGGGGAUAUGGUGAGCUUGAGCUCCGAGUUUCUGAACGCUGGCACUGAUACCACCUCCACGGCACUGCAGUGGAUCAUGGCCAAUAUAGUGAAACAUCCCCAGAUUCGGGGGAAGCUGUAUGAGGAGAUAAAAGGGGUAGUAGGAAAUGAUGAUGGAAGAAGAGUGGAGAUUGAAGAACAGGAUUUGCAGAAGAUGCCGUAUUUGAAAGCUUUGAUUUUAGAAGGGCUGAGGCGCCACCCGCCGUCGCACUUUGUGGUGCCGGACGCAGUGAGUGAGGAUGUUGUGGUGGGCGGACACGUGGUGCCGAAGAAGGGAAGCGUUAACUUCAUGGUGGCGGAGAUGGGAUGGGACCCCAAGGUGUGGGAGGAUCCCAUGGCGUUCAAGCCGGAGAGGUUUCUGGUUGGUGAUGAUAGUAAGGUUGAGUUUGAUAUAACUGGGAAUAGGGAGAUAAAGAUGAUGCCUUUUGGUGCUGGGAGGAGGAUAUGCCCUGGUUCUGGUCUGGCCUUGCUUCAUUUGGAGUAUUUUGUGGCCAAUUUGGUUUGGAAGUUUGAGUGGAAUAAGGUUGAUGAAGUUGAUUUGUCCGAGGCACAGGAGUUCACCGUCGUCAUGAAACAUCCUUUGCAUGCUCGCUUGACUCCGAGACACUAGACUAGACUAGACUUUGCUACGUACAUAUCUACUUGGUUUAAUUGUGUAUCUCUCAAGUUAAGUCGAAUGAUCAAAUCAUUUAUAUCUGUAGUUGUGGUGGAGACUGGAGUCCUUUCAUGGUUUCUUAUUCAUAGAGUGAGCAGUGAUGGUGAUUGUUAAUAAGGAUGUUUGGUUGGUUUUUGAUGUUUUUGAGGUGGGAUAUUGGGGUCUAAACAAAAUUAGCUGUUUCUCAAAACUAUGUGCCUAAACUCAUCUUAGACAUGUUGCUGGGGAAAUAGAUUGUUUCUUCUCAAGGGGUUCGAUUGCCAUGGAAUUCUUCAGCAUUUGAUAAUAGGCUGAGGAGGAGCUUAGAUUAGAGCAUUUAUCCUGAUUUGUUAUUGUAAUUAUGCACCAACUCUAUCGGUCAACAAAUGGAUAUUGCAUGCAUAAAGAGCCCAAUAAGAAAAUACCUUUUAUUGCAAUUUUAGUUGGGUCAUCCAAAAAUGUUGUUUUUAUUGGAAUUUUAUGUACAUGGUUGGAAGCAUGUGGGUAAUAUAAUAUUGGGUCUUAUUUAUUUAAAUUUAAUAAAGAUUAUAUGGUAUGGUUAAUUAA